CUGUCCUAGAGCCAAGCACCAGCCAGAGCAGCGGCUGGGGGGCGGCGGGGAGUGGGCCCGGCUCUACGCCAUUGGUUGUGCUGACCAGAGGGGCGGGGGAAGACCCACGGUCCCGCUGAUUCCGUGGCCCGGGGCUCACACCCCAGCUGCGCCCGCUGCCCGCCAGUGCGCUCCGACCCCGCGCCGCACGCUGAGCCCGACAUUCCCGCGGACGGCUUCACGGGCGCGGAUCGCCGAGACAGGGGCGCCUACGAGGAGCUCAGCGCGGCCCAAACCCCACCCGGGGUGCCGAAGCGCGGCCGGGGAGGUCCGCGCGUCCGGACCCGCAGGCAGAGUGCUCUGAAGAGCUUGACACGGGUUCAUGGUUCUCAUUAAAGAAGCUUCAUGUAAGUUCCUUGGAGAAUCCUGGCACCUUAGGUACUGUGGAGUGCCAAGGGACACCUGAUCCCCUGCUGCCUUUGAAAACCAAGAAGUUUUGUUGUGCUGAUUUAACUGCCUACAAUCUUUGCUGAUGCUAUCAUAAAAAAAAAAAAAAAAUGCUGAUUCUGUCCUUUUUAACCCCUAUGUGAAACUGACUUUUAACAUACUUGUGCAUUCUUUGACCCUCCAUAAAGAUGUCUGAACCUGACUCUUCAUCUGUAUUUUCGGGUAACGUGGAGAAUGGAACUUUCCUUGAGCUAUUUCCCACAUCCCUGUCCACAUCAGUGGACCCUUCCUCAGGCCACCUGUCAAAUGUCUACAUCUAUGUGUCCAUAUUCCUCAGCCUUUUAGCAUUUCUGCUUCUGCUUUUAAUAAUUGCCCUCCAGAGGCUCAAAAAUAUCAUCUCCUCCAGUUCCUCCUACCCGGAGUAUCCAAGCGAUGCUGGAAGUUCUUUCACCAAUUUGGAAGUCUGUAGUAUUUCCUCUCAAAGGUCCACUUUCUCAAACCUUUCCUCAUGAAGAAGAUGGAAGAAUUCCUGAAUGCUGCAGCAGCCUAGGUUUUCCCUUGCAGGAAGUGUCACAUGAACCAGCUGCUUCAUGAAAGAAAU